GCAACGCUUUGUGAUGAAUGGAUGACUCCCACACAACAACCCGACACGAUAUCAUUAAUCUCAGUUGUCUACCAGGUCAGCCAUCCCGUGCAAAUCAUUUCUAAGUGAAGGACAGUGAGGGAAGAUGAAGUAUAUCCUUGUGACUUUGCUUUUCGUCUGUGCUGCUGAGGCAUUUCAGAGCCAGGUUCAUCUUCCUGAGGAUACGGUCCGCAACAAACUAACUGAGCUAGAUCGCUACCUGCAAGAUGGACCGGUGGAUGUCAAUAAACUCAGACAUCCCUUGAUGACUGAGACCACAGCUCGCUUUGCUCAUCUCUUGAAAACAGGUGAUCAGAUGAAUGAUCAUCAUGAACAUGAACAGGAUGAGGGGGUGAUGUCCGUGGAGGAGGCGGUGGCAGAAUUGGCUGAUUCGUUGAAUGAGAUCGUACCGGCUUUGGAGACGCUAAAAGAAGCUAAAGACAGUAGGAAUAAACAAAAAGCUCAGGAAAUGAUACAUGCUCUACAAUUCGAACCCUCAAAUGAAGCGGUAAAGACAUUACUGGGACGCCAUGUUGUUGACGACCACGAAAAAUGUGAAAAAAUCAAAGAGGAGUUCGUCUCGUUUCUGCGUUCUAAAGCAUUACUCCAAAAAUUAAAAGUUGACGAGUUAGACUUUGAGGAAGAAACUGGUGAGGCUCUCGAAGAAGCUGACCUCGACGCUCAUGGGGCACUUGCCCACUUCAAUCACUUUGGAGUAAAGGGCAAAAUGGGACGAUUGCUGGUUGAUUCAGCAUGUGACAAGAACGUGGAUGGUCUGAUUGAAAAGAUUGGCGAGAUUAUCGAGAAACAGGAUCCAAAUGGAACGUUUGAUCUUUCAAACAGAAUAGAGCCGUAUACUGAUGCAACCCUUGUUGCUCUUUGUGAAAGAAUUCCAUGGAAAGAUCUUCUUACCAAACGUGCUAUACAGGAGUCUGCACCAUCUGAAGCUGGUGACGUCGGAAAAAGAAUCAUUGAUAUAGUGUUUGAGAAUCCCCAUGCAGGGAACUGCAUCGAAGUGAAAAUCUACAAGAAGGCUGUGGACGUGAUUAAAGGAUCUAUCACCCUUCAACACAGCUGGGCAGAAAAUCUCAGCGCCCUGAAAGAAGCACAAGAAGCACUGAUCAAGGAUGUUGCGUCCCUCAUGCAAAAUGGACUCGUGGCUCAAGCCCGCAGAGCUGUGGGCAAUUACAUGGUCAGCAUCGUGAGAGGAACCUUGGUAGUCAGUCACGUUAUCGAAAAAAAUGGCCUUGAGAAUACUUCUAAGGAGCCUGAAAAGGGGCCUGAAAAGGA